AUGCCUUCUACCUCACCAAACGAUGCUGCGAUAAGGACUGUCCUUAUGGACAUGAUUAUGAACUCUCAGAGCAGGAACUUCAAAAACUUAUUCAAUGGGCAAGAGCCCAGCCCUGCAGCUACGCGACCGAAGGCGAACGCUGUCCGCGCUUGGAUUGCAUAUACGGACAUAAGUGCUCCAGAGGUUCGGACUGCCCUUUCCGGUGGAAUGGAACCUGCAAGUUUACUGGUCCUGAUUCGCACGAUUGAAGCAUGUGCUUUUCAAUUUACUGAUGGAAUAUUAUUGGCUCUGAUCUACACCGCUGGUUAG